AUGGCCACGCUCACUCAUUCACCGCACGCUUUACAUGCGCAAACGACAACAAAUCCGAAUCAUUUCCACGACGGCACCUCGGAAAUUCACUCAACCUCUUCAACACAAGAUUCCAGCACGCUCAGUGCCAUUACACCUGCACUCAUGGACGAAUCUGAAGACAACGUCCGCGAGAGACUAAUCUUUGCGCCUGCUCUCGCUAUCCCUCGAAUGGAUGCUGAUUCAGACAUGGAAGGCGCGGACGACACUGCGGGCAGAUCGCCUAUCUGGCCUCCGCCCCAGGCCCUCGAGAGAGGAAAUUCACCAGCUGCACCAGUCGCUUCCAUCAACGUUAUCGACCUCCCUGCCGCCGAUGCUCGCUCGCCGAUACCAGAACCACUGUCACCUAUACCUCCUCCUCCUCCCCCGCCGGCUGCCGAUCUUUUCAUGGAAGGUCGACCCCCACCUCCGCCAGUUCUCGUACCAGAUGGUCCUACUAGAUCUGGCGACAGCGGAGAGGAAGAUGACGACGAUGACGACGACAGGAGCCAUAUCAGCGAUGAGCGUGCCAAAAGCUUCUACCCGUUCAAGGAAGACAUGUCCGAGCCGGAUGCUGAAGAGACCAGGAUCAUGCGAGGCUAUGUCGAGAACAGCGCUUUGGACGACAAGCACUGGCACUCAAGAACCUUCUUCGAUCUACAAGACGCCGAAUUUACGCCUAAGGAACAAGGUAAAAUCGAAUGGACCAUAAAAGAGUUCAACGGCACAAAGGACAAUCCGAGGAAGAAUCUACUACUCACCUCACAUACGGUACAUAUUGGUGGUCAUGACUGGAUAAUCAAGCUACUACCGCACGGCAAUAUGCAAACCGAUCGCUUGAGUCUCUAUGUCGAGAACGUGUCGAUUCAGUCGGCCGAGCCACAGGAAUGGCCUGAGGGUAGCUUGCCUCUGCCUGUCUUGGGCGAGGGUGUCAAAGUCAUGAAACGUAAGGCUGUUGCUGCUCAAGUCUCAAUCCUCGUGUACAACCCAGAAGAGCCUCGUGUGAACGAGUUCAGGGCAGACGCUCACCAGUUCUUCCAAGACUCUCCUGAUCAUGGCUGGACUCGCUUCACGAGCGUGCCAUGGUAUGAAAUCCACCGUCGAUCGUACGCUCAAAGACAACCACUUUUGCGCAAUGACACCCUGGCUGUCAAGGCCUUUAUUCGCGUGAUCGAUGACCCGACAGGCUGUUUAUGGACUGCCAAACAAUCGAAGCUGUCAGUGACCGGUCUGAAUCCAUUUCACUCAGGUGGCCACGAGGACGCAGCACUCUACCCUGUGCUAGCGCUCUGGUUGCACCUUCGUCCCUUCCGCCAACUGCUGUAUCAGACUGCCACUAAAAAGGAUGACAACAUCCUCGCCGCGCUUCAAGCUGUGCUAUGGCGCAUGCGCUCCCGGGUCGGUUCUCCGGCUGACAAUAACCACGUGCCUUUGCUCAGUGAGUAUCUUGAGGACUUUUAUGAGGACAGGGGACCUCAGGAUGCCAUGCAAACCAUGAACGACCUCUAUGAGGAUGCCGCUGCGUACUUGCAGCACCUCGACUACGAAGACAAAGACAAAGUCCUAUCACCAAGAGCUAUCGAAAGGCUCAACAACGUAUUUGGGCGACAUCAGUUCUCUGGCGAAAGAGCGACAAAACGAUCGAUAGUCGGCAAGACAUCCAUGCAAGAGGUCGUUGAUGGUGACUUCCCAUCCAAUUUAAAGAGCGAAGUUCUCACUAUUGAGCUUGAACGCCAAAUCUUCGACUCGGACAAGCGAGUUUGGAAGAAGCUGUUGAACAAGGUGCGCCUCGAUGACCAGAUAACAAUUGCCGGUGUGACAUACACCCUUUAUGGCUUCGUCGCGCAUGAGGGUCACCUUCGUACUGGCAGAUACUCGAGUUACUUCCGUCCGGGUGGCUUGAAAGGCCUUUGGUACACCUACAAGAACAUAAUCCCUACCUGCUUGACAAGAACACAAGCCGUGUCUCCCAGAGAAGGCGUCUUGCCUGCUGAAGCCAUCGAGGAGCCUGUCAUCACCGCUGAUCGCCCUGUCAACUACGAUAGACUUCUAGGCCAAGUUGACGCCGUGGCAUACGUGGUCAUGUACAUACGCAGCAGCGACGCCUUCGACCUGGCCGCCAAGGAGCCUUGGGAUGUACCCGAAUGGAUAACCAAGACUUACGGUCCUCAGGUUAUCCCAGAGGGUGCAGGCAACGGAGCAGCUGAGACUCUGCAUUACGACGAUGCCGAAUCAGUCGCUUCGGACGAGGAGAUGAACGAUAUCACCGAGGGCUCAAUCUCAGAGGACAAGGUCAUAGCAGACAAUCUGAAGCUGGAGCAAGUCACAAUCAACUACCUCUCGCAGCCCUUCUACUCAGGAACGAUCAAUUCCGACAACCAACAGCAUGGCCAAGGUCAUCUGAUCACUCUUUCUGGAGAUGAAUACACGGGUCAAUUCGAAAACUCCUCGUAUUCCGGCGAAGGUACCAUGCUGUAUGCUAACUCGGAUACGUAUGUCGGUACCUGGCUCAAUGACUUGCCCCACGGCCACGGUACUCACACCUCUCACCGCACUGGCAACGUGUAUACCGGUAACUGGGAGGAGGGCAAGAAAUCCGGCGCAGGCGUGACACAUUGGAAGAUGUCAGAGGAAGAGAGCAAAGCAUGCCGCAUUUGCUUUGGCGCCGAAGCAGAUGCAGCCUUUUACGACUGCGGUCAUGUGGUUGCUUGCCUGAGCUGUGCUAGGAGAGUGGAGGAUUGCCCCGUCUGCAGACGUAGAAUCAGAGACGUGGUCAGAUUGUUUUAUAUGGCUUGA